CAGGGAAUGAAUAUCGUCACCACCUGUUAUUGUUAUAUAACAACGUUGGUAGGCGAUGUAUUCUGCAAAGUCCGCUCACCGUCACGUAGCCACUCCGACCACGUAUGUUUUACGAUGUCUCGUGGUCGUAACUAUGAUCGUAGCUGCGGCGACAUUUUUGCAUAUUAAUAAUUACAGGCCUAAACAAACAUUCCUCUCCUGCGAUAGACCAUGUCAUCACUUGGAUUGGCCUAUGAUCUGCCGGGUGAAACUCACGUUAGAAGUCUUCCAAUCACUCAGCAAAUCAUGCGGAGAUUGUCCCUUGAAUCAGACUGCCUGCUUAGCCAAGCAUUGUGUUUCCGCGGAUGGGCAGAGACGGGGCAUCCUUACGGCCAAUCGUCAAAUGCCAGGACCCAGUAUUCAGGUUUGUGAAAACGAUAUCCUAGUAGUAGACGUCAUUAAUCGCCUUCCGGGUAAGGCAGUGGCAGUGCAUUGGCGUGGACAAACGCAAAUGGAAAUGCCUUACAUGGACGGCGUGCCGUUGAUCACGCAAUGUCCAAUACCGAGUUACACCACUUUCCAAUACAAAUUUCGUGCCUCCAGUCCUGGCACACAUCUUUGGCAUGCACAUGCAGGCGCUGAUGUCACCAACGGCAUUUUCGGAUCAUUGAUCGUGAAACAAGCGGACCUUCGGGAGCCCCAUCGCGCCCUUUAUGACAUCGAUGACCCUAAUCACGUGGUUCUGGUGACCCACUGGCAGCAUUCGCCGGAAAUAUCAUUUAACCAGGGUCACGUGAAACCGGCGAUUCUUCUGAUCAAUGGAAGAGGUCGUCAACUUAGUGGACCCACGGUUCCCCUAAAUACAUUCACGGUCAUUCCGGGACGACGUCACAGAUUCCGUGUCGCUAAUGCCGGAGGCGCCGGUGCAUGUCCAGUAACGCUCUUUAUCGAUGGCCACACGCUUCUCUUGAUUGCAUUUGAUGGACAUCCUAUCGAGCCGCGGAAGGUUACUUCGAUUACUCUGGCAAAAGGUGAAAGAGCGGAUUUCGUUCUCAAAGCGAACAAACGCGUCGCUUCCUAUUGGAUGAACGUGCAUACGGCGAAAGAAUGCGGAACGAGCACGGUAAAUGGCGCGGCCCUGGUCAACUAUAAAGGCAGUUCGGAAAUUCCGGCGGCAACGGCGGAAACUAUCGAUCAGCAGGAUAUCGACGAGAUAGGGAUGAAACGGUUGGCCGUGACGACAAAUCCUGCCGAGUGCGGCGGACAAGAGGGUCUGUGCGUCAUGGAUAUCCAGAAUAUGCGCAAAAUGCCACGAUUCCUAGCUAUGCCCAGAAUGGAUGUAACAAUGUAUCUGCCAAUUAAUUACAAGAUGCAAGCAACGGAACUGAUAGGUAACAGCGAGACGGAAAUGCGAGUGUUAAACGUGGACAACUCCACUUUCACGUUUCCGUCAUCACCACUAUUGACCCAGGGUGGCGAUGUAUCGCCGGAUAUGAUGUGCUCCAACCAUGACGAAGAUAAUAAUGAUGCCGAUGAUGCUCGCAACGAGAAUAAUGACACAGUUUCGCGACGCCGAUGCCGUCCGGUUGGUCACGGCGCCGCGAAUGACAUGUGCGAGUGCGUACACGUGCGUCGUAUAUCGCUCGGGACGACCGUCGAGAUAAUUCUCCUAGAUCAGGGUGGUCUGGACGAUCUGGUUUAUCACUUACAUGGCUACAGUUUUUACGUGGUGGGCGCGAGACAAUUCGGUCGAAGUAUGUCGCUGCAGGAGGUGAAGAAACUCGACGAGAAAAAGCAAUUGUUUGUGCGAAAUCUCGAUUGUGCGCCAAUUAAGGAUACUAUCGUUGUGCCCAAGUUCGGUGCCGUGGCGUUACGAUUUAAAGCCGACAAUCCAGGUUAUUGGAUGUUGCGUGAUGAACACGCGGCUGAUUGGACUCGCGGUUUGGAUGUUGUUCUACAAGUCGGAGAAUCUAGCGACAUGAUUCCUGCUCCACAGGACUUUCCCAAGUGCGGAUCCUUUGUCGGACCCGAUUACUUCCUUAUAUAGACUGUUAUAAUCGCUUAAGUUGAACAUGUAUAUAAUUGUAUAUAACGAUAGAGACGGCUUAUAUAUACGUGGAUUAAAAUUUAUGAUUUUUUUACGAA